GUCGAAUACGUCAACUGUGUGAAAAACAAAAUGCGCACUAUUCGUCGCAGCAUCCGGGUCCCAAAGAAACACAUUCGCGCGCAGAAAGAGAGAGAGACAGAUAGAGAGCGAGAGAGAUCCCUGUGCGAGGCUCCGGUAGCCCCCCCUCGGGAAAACACAAACACCGGAGCCAGAAAAUGCCCCACCGCCCAGCUGCGGAUACCCCUUAAUGGACUCAUGUGAUGCUUCUCGAACGCAGUAUAUGGUUUUAUUUUUUAUUUUCAUAGAAUAUAAUAAUAGUGUAAUCCGACUCAGCCUGCUUUGCCAUUAGUUAGCUGGCUAAUUGGCUAGCCAUCGAUUUACGUGUGUUGUGACUGUCAGCGAAACGUUUGCUUUAUAGUUUUUGUCUCGUCUUGUAAAGUGAUAUCAAGACUGUUGUCUGCGGGUUUUGUGCGUUUUCUCAUUCAGCAAAGAACACAAAGAAGCUGGAGCAAAAUAAGAAGAAUGGGUGCGUUCUUAGACAAGCCAAAGAUGGAGAAGCACAAUGCACAAGGGGAGGGGAACGGUCUGCGCUAUGGACUCAGCAGCAUGCAAGGCUGGCGUGUAGAGAUGGAGGAUGCACACACAGCUGUGAUAGGUCUACCUUAUGGCCUCGGCCUUUGGUCCUUUUUUGCUGUCUAUGAUGGACACGCUGGCUCCCAGGUUGCCCGAUAUUGCUGUGAGCAUUUGCUGGAACACAUCACCAGCAACCCGGAUUUUAGGGGAGCCGGUACGGAGACAGGAGGCGGCGAGCCUUCCGUGGAGAGAGUUAAAUGCGGGAUCCGCACCGGGUUCUUACAGAUCGACGAGCACAUGCGGGCCAUGUCUGAACGCAAGCACGGGGCGGACCGCAGCGGAUCCACGGCAGUGGGUGUGUUGGUUUCCCCCAAUCAUUUCUACUUCAUCAACUGUGGCGACUCCAGAGCCUUGCUGAGCCGCAAAGGACGCGUUCACUUCUUCACCCAGGACCACAAGCCGAGCAACCCUCUCGAAAAGGAGCGAAUCCAGAACGCGGGCGGUUCUGUCAUGAUCCAGCGGGUCAACGGAUCUCUCGCCGUCUCUCGAGCUCUUGGGGACUUUGACUACAAGUGUGUGCAUGGGAAAGGGCCCACCGAGCAGCUGGUGUCCCCAGAACCAGAAGUCUAUGAGAUCGAACGUUCAGAGACGGAGGAUGAAUUUGUGAUUCUGGCUUGCGACGGCAUAUGGGACGUUAUGGCUAAUGAUGAACUAUGCGAUUUCGUGCGUUCACGUCUGGAGGUGACAGAAGACCUAGAGAGAGUGUGUAAUGAGAUUGUCGACACUUGUUUGUACAAGGGUAGUCGUGACAACAUGAGUGUGGUUUUGGUAUGUUUUCCUGGUGCCCCGAAAAUCAACCCGGAAGCCGUGAAGAAAGAGGCGGAGCUAGAUAAGUACCUGCAGAACAGAGAAGGCGGAGCAUGUAAAAAAGCUAACAAAUAAAAUAUAUUACAAAGCUAAAGAGAGAAUUAGAGAUGCUGAGUAUUCUUACUCAAGUAGGAGAGCUUGUUAGAUGGCAGUUUACACUUGCCGAACAAACAUACGUUAGAGUUAACGUAAGGUUUUCAAUUAACGAAUCCCCAUAUUGGAGAGGAAAGACUCGCUGGUACUGUAUUAGCACAGUUAGGACUAUUCUGCAGUCUAAAGAAUUACACAAAUCUGAGCUUAUACUGACAGUUAGAGGCCUUUGGUUAUUUAUUGCGAAAAGCACUUACACAAUUUAGAUAUAACCUGUAGCUUUACCAGAGGUUUUAUUUAAGUGCAUCCCAAAAUCUAGCGCUCCAGUGCAUACUGUACGUCAACGUUGAUGUAUUAAGUUAUGGUAAGCGCAGUCGUAGAUUAGGACUGUAGAAUGACGAAAACCCAACAUUUGGUUGUGCACUUUUUCAUUAAAAGCUGCUAUACGUAGAGGCAUCUUCUAUUAAAAGAGCAGAGACCAAAUUUGAGAUCUUCUUCGAAUAGAACAUUUUUAAUGUUAUGCGUACUGUUUGCGUCAGUUUGGCUUCGGAUAGUCAUCAACUCGUACAAGCAUGUGUUUAAGUCUGCUUCUCUUUCAUUAGCAUCUUUCUGAAAAUAUGGCUGUCAUCAUAAAUGAGUGUGAAUGUCAGCAAUCCACUGCUGGUUAUCUGAAAUUAUAGCGGACACUCUGUUUAUUGUACACGGCCUGAUGAUGGAGUUAGCUGUUGCCAUGAGGAUUUUUGUCUGCAUGAUUCCUAUUCUGUAGCCGUAUUAUGAAACAUUGUUGCCUUAGUCCUAAUUUACAGUGACUACCCUCAUUAGAAUUGAUAGGCUAGCACUUAGCACUCAACCCCCCCAAAAAAGUAAAAUUGAAUUCAACACAUGGUACUCGAGCAUGCACUGUACCGAAAGCACGAAAAGUUGUGUAGACCUCCUGCAUGUGCGCUACAUUCAAAUAAACAGGGAUUAUUAAGAGUUAAAGUUUUAUACUUUGUCAAAAAAUUUGUACUGUAAGGAAUAGCUUCAGUCUGAACUAAACCCAGUAUUUGAAAGAUGGUGUUGAUGUUUUACAAUGCUUUUGGAGUUGUUUACUACUUGUUGCCUCAAACUGACAAUUUGUCAAUCCUCUGGUUUGUCUAUGUCACUACGAAGAAAAGAAAUUCACUACAUUUUUGGUGCAUAUUGGGAUUUAGGCAGUCAGCACUUUUUAUGAAACAUCGAUGGUACAAUAAUUGUACAUUGCACUUGAUGUAUGUCCGUAAAACCCAACAAAAUUUGGCAGAGGGUUUGCUUUUCCUUAACUCUUGUACUUUGAAAGUGUUGCAUUGAUUUUCAUAUUUUUGCACCCUUUAGAUUUGGCCAUUUGUAAUAGGAGAAAUUGAUUUAUUUGUCUGCAUUGUUAAAAGGUGGGCAAGUGUCUUUUUAAACGUUUCCAAAUUUGCCCUUAGCUCCCACAACUUCCUAGCAUGUUUAAGCUUUAAGAUGUGUUAAACUGAAUGGAAAACAGUGUGCCUGCUCUAAGAGUGAACUCUUGAGAUUAAAGUGAUUGUAGGUCACUUCAGUA